CUUGGGGGGCGGUGCUCGGCGGUGGCAGAGCGCGGCCUGGGCUCGCGCUGGGCUCCGCGCGUCCCCCGCCCCCCUCUAUGAGGCAGAGGCCGCGGCGGCCGUUAGCGCUGUCGCUCCGGGGGCCGCGGCGGGCGGGGCUCCGGCCGGGCCCGGCCUAGUCCCCACCCCAGCCCGGCUUCCAGCCGCCCGCCCUCCUCCCUCCCUCUCCCCGAUGCAGGGGGCCGAGCUCCGGGAUGGCGAGGCGGCGGCGGCGGCCGCUUCGUACCGCGUCCUGAGCCGCCUCCUUGGCUAUGGAGAGGCGGCCCCCGAGCCAGGCCCGCCGCCGCCGCCCCCGGGCCAUGGCCCGCCGCCGCCACCCUUCCUCGCGCGGCCCGGCCCGCGGGGCUCCCGGCCGCCGCAGCUGAUGGUGUUCCGCAACGUGGGUCGGCCGCCGGAGGAGGAGGACGUGGAGGCGGCCCCGGAGCCGGGACCCUCGGAACUGCUGUGUCCCCGGCACCGCUGUGCCCUGGACCCCAAGGCCCUGCCGCCGGGCUUGGCGCUCGAGCGGACCUGGGGCCCGGCGGCUGGACUAGAGGCGCAGUUGGCGGCUCUGGGGCUCGGGCAGCCGGCAGGGCCGGGGAUCAAGACAGUCGGUGGGGGUUGCUGCCCGUGCCCGUGUCCCCCUCAGCCGCCCCCUCCGCAGCCCCAGCCGCCUGCUGUCGCCCCGCAGGCCGGGGAAGACCCCACGGAAACGAGCGACGCGCUGCUAGUCCUGGAGGGCUUGGAAUCGGAGGCCGAGAGCCUGGAGACUAACAGCUGCUCGGAAGAGGAGCUCAGCAGCCCGGGUCGCGGAGGAGGAGGGGGCGGCCGGCUUCUGCUGCAGCCCCCAGGCCCUGAAUUACCUCCGGUGCCCUUCCCGCUGCAGGACUUGGUCCCUCUGGGGCGCCUGAGUAGAGGGGAGCAGCAGCAGCAGCAGCAGCAGCAACCUCCCCCGCCCCCGCCUCCUCCCGGGCCCCUCCGGCCACUCGCGGGUCCUUCUCGGAAGGGCUCCUUCAAAAUCCGCCUCAGUCGCCUCUUUCGCACCAAGAGCUGCAACGGUGGCUCCAGCGGUGGGGAUGGGACCGGCAAGAGGCCUUCUGGAGAGCUGGCUGCUUCAGCUGCGAGCCUGACAGACAUGGGAGGUUCUGCGGGCCGGGAGCUGGACGCGGGGAGGAAACCCAGGUUGACAAGAACUCAAAGUGCCUUUUCUCCAGUCUCCUUCAGCCCCCUGUUCACAGGUGAAACUGUGUCGCUUGUGGAUGUGGACAUUUCUCAGCGGGGCCUGACCUCUCCACACCCUCCAACUCCCCCUCCUCCUCCAAGAAGAAGCCUCAGCCUCCUAGAUGCAUUUCCCCGGAUUGCUCCCAUCCGAGCAGCUGAAUCCCUGCACAGCCAACCCCCACAGCACCUCCAGUGUCCUCUCUAUCGGCCUGACUCGAGCAGCUUUGCAGCCAGCCUUCGAGAGUUGGAGAAGUGUGGUUGGUAUUGGGGGCCAAUGAAUUGGGAAGAUGCAGAGAUGAAGCUGAAAGGGAAACCAGAUGGUUCUUUCCUGGUACGAGACAGUUCUGAUCCUCGUUACAUCCUGAGCCUCAGUUUCCGAUCGCAGGGUAUCACCCACCACACUAGAAUGGAGCACUACAGAGGAACCUUCAGCCUGUGGUGUCAUCCUAAGUUUGAGGACCGCUGUCAAUCUGUUGUAGAGUUUAUUAAGAGAGCCAUUAUGCACUCCAAGAAUGGAAAGUUUCUCUAUUUCUUAAGAUCCAGGGUUCCAGGACUGCCACCAACUCCUGUCCAGCUGCUCUAUCCAGUGUCCCGAUUCAGCAAUGUCAAAUCCCUCCAGCACCUUUGCAGAUUCCGGAUACGACAGCUCGUCAGGAUAGAUCACAUCCCAGAUCUCCCACUGCCUAAACCUCUGAUCUCUUAUAUCCGGAAGUUCUACUACUAUGAUCCUCAGGAAGAGGUAUACCUGUCUCUAAAGGAAGCGCAGCUCAUUUCCAAACAGAAGCAAGAGGUGGAACCCUCCACAUAGCGAGGGGCUCCCUGCUGGUCGCCACCAAGGGCAUUUGGUUGCCAAGCUCCAGCUUUGAAGAACCAAAUUAAGCUACCAUGAAAAGAAGGGGAAAAGUGAAGGAACGGGAAGGUUGGGAUUCUCUGUUCAGAGACUUUGGUUCCCCACGCAGCCCUGGGGCUUGGAAGAAGCACAUGACCGUACUCUGCGUGGGGCUGCACCUCAUACCCACCCCUGGGCAUCUUGGGACUGGAGGGGCUCCUUGGAAAACUGGAAGAAGUCUCAACACUGUUUCUUUUUCAGAAGUUUUGUUUUUGAUAUUUGUAUUACUUGGUAUGGAAAACUCACCUUGAAGGCAGCUGGGGUUUGUGCCCAUUAGAUUGAAAGUGGUAUGAAGUGUGAGCAGGUCCAAAGAAAGGGUGGGAGGAGGGGACGGGACGGCCAUUCAGCUGGUGCCAAAGGCAGAGUUAGAGUCUGUGCCGUGGGCCUGGAAGAUGGGAGGAAAGGCCUGAGGUUUGCAAAGGACUGAGAGUUCCUAAGGGAGGGGGAGUCUGUUUCUUGUUGCCAUGGGCAGCUGUGGUAGGAGCAGGAGAGAAAGGAGGGUAGGUGGUCUCGAAAAGAAUAUUGGGCAAAACCUGGCAAUUGGCCUUAGCUGGGGGAAGUAGUGACUCCUGCACCCUUUUUUAAGGUUUAAGAAUCUGAGUUCAGAAACACCUCUCAUGGAAGCUGUACUAGUUGUCAUUUACUUAAUUCCUUAAGUUCCAUGACCUGAAGUUAACCCAUUCUUUCUCUGCUCUCAACCCAUUCCCCCUUGAGAUAACUGUACAUGUCACUCUGGUCAUGGUAACGGCAUCCCUAUUGCUUCUGCCGGCUGUCAAGGCAAUCGUGUUUCUCAUCACCUGGGCGGUUCAGAGCCAAUCAUGGGCUGCUGAAUUUAAUGGAGCGUGCUUCCAGGUUCUUCAUGGCAAACUGUACUCAUGACUUAGGAGUCAGUGUUACUUCCAUGUGCCUGUCAGCUUAUGAGGGGGAAUGUGGAGGAAGGUGAGAAAUGCAGCUCCCACAGUUGUGCUUUUCCUAGAGAAAGCUCUCAGAACGCAGCCCUCACAGGAUUUCCUUAGGUCAGAGGAGAGCAUCGCAUCUCAUGUUUUUAGGUUUAUCACUGCUGUCCCACUUCUGAGAUGGGAGGUAGCAAGGGCUUCUAUAUUUUCCUGUGUUCAUUCUAGCAACCCAGACAUUUCCAGAUCAGAUCUUGCUGGUCUCCACUCACUGGAAAGUCUGUCAGGUGCCGAUUUGAGAGCUGCCUGUCUUCUGGCUCUCAGGAGGAGCGGGCAGAAAAACUCCAAUGGUCUUUAAUGGUUUCUGCAGCUGGCCAUGGCCAAUUCAUAUGAUGUUGUGAGUUUGCUUUCUUGUAGAGCUGCUCUGGGGAGAGGUUUGCUAUUGAGAUGUAACAGUGGAGCUGUUGGGUCUUCAUGACUCCUUUGCGUGUGUUCUGUGAGACUCUUUCUGGGUUCCCCAUGCUUAUAGCUGCCUCAUCUCACAAGAUACUAAUGUCAGGUUUGUGGCUUCCUGAUGGUUUGGGUGGGGCCCCAGUGUCUUGGUAAUUUAUAGGACCACCUCAUCUGGGAGCACUGCUUUCUUCCUUAGUCCUGCAUGUAAUGACCAGUCUUCCUCCUUGUAGCUGAACAGGGAGGAAACUUGCACCGUUACCUGACCAUAGAGGGGGGGCCCACAAGAUGAGCUUUGCACCAUAAACACAACCCACCUCUGAUUUGUCAUAUGGUACCUCUUCUUUUCUUGGCUUCCAUGGUAGUAUUACCAACUAUUACCAAUUAAGCAAGAUUAUGAUCCCAGAAAUUGGCUUAGCAUGUGAGUGUUGCCUCUUGAGAGUACAAGUGAUAUAACUCGCCAUCUUGCAGGAAGUGCCACCCUGAUACAGAGCCUGAAGUCUGGAAUCCAUUGAGAUCCUUGGGUGGCGGAUAUGCAGCCUGGGAGCUUUCUUUUUUUUGUUCCUUUUCAACCACUCAUAAUUUUAAGAUUAUUUUUUAGUGUGUGUGUGCCUGGCUUUGUGCUAGAUACUGUAGAAAACAAAAAAAGGUAAAAGACGUAAUCUGUGGCCUAAGGGAGCUUUUAGGUGACUGCUGCACAUCAAGCAGAAAAUCAAGGACCAUCUAAAGACAUUUAUAGUAGAUAAGAUCAGGGUAGAACAGAUGGUCUGGGAAAGUUCUGUGCCUCUGAGGUUUUGGGUUGUAGUUAAUGGCAGGACAGACAGUGAGAUGAGAAACACAUGAACAAAAGCAAGGAAACAGAAAUCUGCAUGGCAUGUACUAAACAGUGCACAGUCCUAUUAGAGCAACAUGGUUAAAGAAUCCUUUCCAGUGCAGUUGUCUAGAUGGAAGCUUCUCAGCCACCAAGCAGACCUGAGUGCCGAGGGUUUAUGCUGGUUAGGUGGAGCCCAAAGCCCAGAGGAGUCAGCAAGGCUUCUGCCCAUUGCCAGGGCCUCACUAUGGUCAGCUCAGGCCAUGUGAGGGAGGCAGAACCUGCACACACCUUAUGUUACUGGGGUUUCUUCUGGAGAACUCAUACACUCAGGUACAAAACAAACCAACUGAGGAGGUGUGACCCAACCUCACCACCCACCUUUCUUCUCCUGGGGAGGGUUGUGUUGAACUGUCUGUGAUCUGUCGGUGCACUGGUCCCAGCCCUGGCUGCAGCCUAGUCCUUCCUCUGUGGAGUGGGCUGCAAAACAGCAGUGCAAGAGGAGACAGGUGUGGGUGUUUGGUGCCUGCAUGGGUGGCCUUGCACAGAGCAGUUAGAGGAAGAUGAGGAGGAGGCAUGGGGCUGGACCAGCUCUCUGGGAUGCAGCCUGGUCAGAGAGUAAAUGGAGCAGAGGAACAGGUGCAGCAGCUGGGGUAGCACCUGCCCUUCACCUUCCCGACCAGGCCCACCCCUCCUUCACCAGUGCUGUGUAGAGCUCAUUUAAAUGUAUUCCUUUCUAGGUCUGGGCGCAGUGGCUCACGCCUGUAAUCCCAGCACUUUGGGAGGCUGAGGUGGGCGGAUCACGAGGUUGGGAGUUCAAGACCAGCUUGGCCAAAUAGUGAAACCCCAUCUCUACUGACAUACAAAAAUAAGCUGGGCAUGGUGGCCUGUACUUGUAGUCCCAGCUGCUCGGGAGCCUGAGACAAGAGAAUCAUUUGAACCCAGGAGGCGGAGGUCGCAGUAAGCUGAGAUCGUUCCACUACGCUCCAGCCUGGGCGACAGAGCAAGACUCCAUCUCAAAAAAAAAAAAAAAAAUUCCUUUCUGGUUGUAUUUUCAAGUCACAAAUUAGAAAAGGCUUACAUCUAGAGACCCACUAUUGAUUUCUAAGUUGUGGGUGGGUGAGACUAGUAGCUUCAGUGCCUGUAUAACCCUCACCUGUUUAUGACUGAUCUACUGUAACCUUCCUCAGGUUGAGAGCCAGUGUGAGCCAGUGACAACUACUGCUACAACUUGCUGUUACUUGAAAUUUGUGUGCUAUGUUAGGAGCAUAGGAGUAGGCGGGUGGGGGUUUUGGUGUGGGCACUAGAUAAGUGGGUGGCAGCUGGCUCUUUGGAACCAUUGGUGCUGACCUUGGCCUGGUCACCUUUUACUUUACCUAGGUAAAGUGAAUGUUACAUCCUGGAACCUGAGCCGUGGAGGUGGCACCACCUCCCUGAGGAGAAAGGUGUGACCAAGGGAAGCUCCUGCAUGGCUCCUGCUCCUUCCACUUCCCUACAUUUCACUUGGGCUAAUCAUGUAAGCCCCCCUUGAGGUUGGGGAUGGUGUGGAGAUAGCUGCAGACACCCUUGUAACAGACAUCCAGGAAGAAUUGGGGAGUGGGGGUAAUUCUAGUUCCCAGGCCUAGAGGUGAGUGGUGGGAGUAGAACCAGAAGUGCCCUGGAAUCCAGCCUUGUCAGUCCUCACCCCGGGGCUCCCAGGAAAGCAUGGCAUGCUUGAAGCCCUCUGCUCCCUGCAGAAAGUGGGGAGAGGAGGAGCUUUUUCCUUCAGUUAAGAGCUUUCCCUUCCCUGCUGCCUCUCUCCCUUAGCUUUGGAGCCCUAAAGUUAGUGGACAAGACACUGGGAUAAAGCUCUAUGGCUGCUGGAAGGUCUGAGUCUGUGUGUGUGCAUAUGCGUAUGCGUGUGUGUGUGUGUGUUUGUGUGUCAUUUGCAGAAGUCUUGCUACCAGUUGGGGUGUUAAGAGCAUCUCCACUGGGCGGAGACCUGGCAUUUGUUUCCACUUUUAAGAGAAUGACACGCCCCCUGUCAUGUAAGGGAGGAGCUAUUGAGUUAGACAUUUUCCCUAUGGGAAUCCUGGGUUUGGUUUGUGGGAAAGGAGGGAAUGGAGAAGUGAUUUUUAUCUCUAAUCAUCAACACAGCUGUUCUUCCACUGAAUUUGUGCUAUUGCAUACAUGUAGCCAUCUUUCUUUUCACUGCAGCAGUGUUUAUCAGUAGUUCAAAAUGAUUUAUUUGCUCCUGGGGAGUAAAACCUUUUUUAUUAAAAAAAGAAAAAGAAAAAAAAAGAAGAAAAGUGUGCCCCCCUCCUUCGCCAUGAUAGCUAUAGAAUGGUUGGGCCACAAAGGUCAAGUCUGCACGUCCCCGUGGUAGACCCUGCUUUCACAUUGGAGCCUUCUCGCUCAGCACAAAACAAUCGGAGGCCUUGAGAAAAUGGAGAGCAAAGUCUUGGGAGCAGUGAAAUGGGGGUUGGAUCAUAGAGACAGGCACUGGGGACUCGGGUACUGCAGUUAGGAAAGUAGCGUAAUGAGUUGUACUGAAAAUGUUGAUUCUCUAGUCUGCCAGAAAAGGACUUUUCUUUACAUGCAGAUUUCAUAUUGUCUUUGUCCUUUUCAUUGCUUCUUGACCUUCCUGGUAGGUGUUGCUCAGUUUCUUCCUGUUUUCCUUCCUGUCCUCUCCACACCUGCUAUCCUGUCCCACUCCCAUCUACCUCCCGGGAAGCCAGCCCUGCAUGCUUAGUUCAUGACCUGCUUCACUCCCAUUUCAUUUCUAGAGGGUUUAGAGGGGACCUGGAACUGCUCCCUUUCCCUCUCCUACCCGCUCCUCCUCAAUGCCAAGAGGCCUGGAGGGGCAGACAGAAAGCUGCUGGCCACAGCGGGAAGACGGGCAUGUUUGGUUGCAGCUGGACUGUGAUCGUAGUUCCUCCUGGAGAUCGAGUGUGAGGAACUUAGGACACUCUUCCUCAGACUCUGGGAUCAUCACAUACCACACUGCCCUGCUCAGAGCUUCGUCCUGAGCUCCCUAACCAGCUCAGGUGGAGCAGAAGCCUGGUCUCACUCCUCCAUCUCUGGUGCUCCCUUGGGUGGGGACCUGCCCCUCACUCUUAGGCCCAGAACCUUGUCCAAGGGACAGGUAGGGUCCAGGUGCCACUUUGGGUAGCUGGCUGUUGGAAUGCCUAAACUGGUGCUGCCUGUGGCAUAGCCACUGCUGUACGUUUUUGGUUGUUUUUAAGAAACUCGAUGAAGAGGGGUGCCAUUCUUGGCUCGGGGUGGUUGCCAAUUUUUCACCAGAAAGGGAGCCACCCCCUGCAACCACUUCUGUCCCCGUUAGCCCCCCUCUGACCUCCAAGCCAAAGCGUGGCCUGGCUUUUGUCUUCCCAUUUAGUUUUCCUCUUUUGCCCUUCCUUUUGUGCUUAAUUUAUUAAAAUAGUUGCUGUAUAAUUUAUUUUCAUAAACUAUAAAAAAAUACUAAAUGGUUAAAAUAGACUUGCAGGCCAAUCUUAAAUGGGGUGGGGGGUCUGAGGGUGGGAUGGGGAAAGGGAAAGAGGUUUUGAUAUAAACAAAACAAAUGCACUUUGGGUGUGUUUUGGUAUUUUUCUGGGGAUAGAGGGGGCGGGGUUAGCGAUGUCCCUGUAGAUUAGUUCCAGAAUGGGGUGUCUGUAUAUACUGUAUUAAUAGGCAUGUUUGACUCUCGUAAAGGGACAUUAGUAGCUGCUGCAGGUCCUGUUUGGAAACCCCAUGUACAAUUCCCAGUUUUUUGUAAGUGUCAGUGCGAGAGACAUUUGACUCUUGUGUUUGUAUCUCCUUUUUAUGAUUGCUGUACCUACCCAUGUCUUUUUGGGGAGGGGUGAAAAGAGAUUUGAAAUAAAAAUGUUUAGAAAUUA